AUGAACUCUCUCCGAAACGCCGGCAACUGGAUCUCCCAAAAGACCCAAGGCCAUGCCCAUCAAGCCAGCAAGGAAACCAACAAGCAAAUCGCUAAAGACCCCAACGUCCGCACGUCAACCCGGCUGCGCGCGGCCGGCAAUGCCAUGAAGGACGCCGUCCACGAGGGUUCGCAUAAGCGACAGGCCGAUGUCCACAAGCACGGCGCGAAGCAUAAUUACUAG